UGCGAUUGUCGGUCGUUCCAUCCCUGACCCCGCGUGCCUGUUCUGGUUUUGAGACGUUAUCAAUCUCCGCUACCAAACCCCAGCCCCGACUUCCUCUUCAGCCCACCCACACGAACCAACCCACCUGCCCUGUCGCAGCUCUUUCUCCCACUCUCGCGCCCAGUGAGCGCCCGAUGACGAUGCGCCCGACGCCCUCCCCUCCCCGGUCGCAGGCCCGAGCGACGUCCGUCACGACGGUUGACCACCGCGGGAGCAAGGAUAGGGCGGGCGGCUCGCCUGCUCGCUCGCUGAACCUGCCUACCUGGGCAUCCGCGAGCGUCGCUAGGGGGCGCGAGAAGCGCUCCAGCCAACAAACCCCAACUUCCGGCCAGCCGAACCAGCCGGCCAGCCCUCCCAUGUCUGGCCCUCCUCUGGAACUGGACAAGAGCUCGACAUUCUGCCUUGGCCUGACGGCAUAUACACGGACGGCGUGUCUGCUGGCCUUCCCAAUUACGGCGGAGCAUAGCCAUAUCGACGGCCCAUGGUUCUGA